GCAGACUGCAGCAACCAGAAUCGGCUUUAACUUUUCCGUCUGCAGUGGGACUGUUUGCAGAAGCGGUUUUCUUAGUGCUCGUCGGUUUUUCCGGUGUAACAAGUUUGACGGUAGUCAGUCUCCAUUUGCUGUCGGCGACGGAGUGAGGACUCGCCGCUGAAACGAGGCUCUUGGGCAAAAAUGGGGAUUUUUCUCCUGUUGCUCAUCUUCUCUCCGGUCCGCGGCACUUUUGAAGGAACCUGUCCCAGAAAAGACCCUCCCCCUGGUGUCCUGGUUUUAUCGCCGGGCAGUAAGCUGGUUCUGACCUGUGGCGGUCAUGUGAAGGUGGAUGGCGUAAAGUUCAGUCUGACUGGAAGCAGCGCAGGCAUCAACAAAAGGGAAAGUUCUUCAAAUGCGACGCCAGCCCCUCAGAAUGACAUACACAACAGUGCAGUUUCAGUUAAAAAUGAUAACAGUUCUACAAAGAAUGCUGUUAUUGAGCCAGGAGAAAACAAAAGCCUCAUAUAUACAGAUGCAGGAUACACAGCUUCUCCCCAUACUGUUGGGCCAACCAGGACCACCAGGUCACUAAAGGAUGAAUUUAAAUGGACCACUGAAGAAAUGGAUGUUCAGGAUGACUAUGAGGAGGAUGAGGAGGGGGAAGGAGCGAGCCGGGUAACAAGGGGGAUCAAACUGAGGCCUGAGUGGACGUGGAACAAGAUGACAGUAGGGAAAGGAAACAGAGACUGGGGAGCAAUUACAUUUGGGAGAAGUGGGUCUGCACUAUCUCUGGCCUCAGUGAGACCGACAGACUCUGGGAGAUAUGCUUGUCAUCACAGAGGCAAAGAAAAGUUUGGUGUAAAGGUAAUCGUUGCAGAGUCUCCUGAGAGCCCCAAAUUGUAUUGUUACAAAAAGUCGCCCAGCAGUAAAAUCCGCUGUGAAGGGACACCUCAGAAAGCCUUCAUUGAAAAGCCUACUUGUUACCUCUUACUGAAUAAAAGUCCAAAGGAGAAAUUCAAAGAGAUCCCAUGCUCAUACUCAAUUCAACAAUCUCGCUGUUGGUGUGCUCUGGACCACAAUUACGAUGAACUGUCCACCUUUUACAUGGCCUACAUGUGUGUUACAAGCAUCACUGCCAAUGUCACCAGCGACCUGAUGAUCUUUAGACCUUUGGAUAUUUUAAAACCAGACCCACCAUCAAAUGUGGCAGUCCGACAGGUGUUGGGGCAGGAGAGGAGGCUGAAGGUCUCCUGGAAUUUACCGACAUCCUGGAAGAUGCAAGAUAGAUUCUUUAAAUUAAUCUAUGCAGUUAAAUACUACCCUGUUAAACCCUCACUUGGUAAAGAAUGGGUGAUACCGAUUGAAGACCGGCGGAGCGAAACCAUCACUGAUAUAGUGCCUGGUGACAAGUACCUGAUACAGGUCAGAACUAAGGAUGAAUUUGAUGGACACUGGAGUGACUGGAGUACACCUGUCUAUGCUAGGAGUUGGACAAAAAAGCCUCCGCCUCCAUCAAUUGUGUCAGUGGUGGAGGAGAAAGAACAGGAAAUGACGGUGACCUGGAGUUUAUCCACAAACUUGACAGAGCAACACAAUCUUAGUUUCAUCUAUGAGAUCAAAUACUGGCUUGUGAACUUCCCUUUUUAUAAUGAAGAGGUAAAACAGUUUGAAGGCAAGUGCUCCUACACCAUCACUGAUGCAAUUCCAGAUGUUGAGUACCUGAUACAGCUGAGAUUUAAGAAAGAACACGACAGUCAGUGGAGUGACUGGAGCGUACCUUUUCAUGCAAGGAAUAUAAUAGUUACACACCUGAUGGAUAACUAUGCAGAGAGAUUGACUGGCCCCGAAGGCUCAGGUGGGGAUUAUAAUUACAACAAUAGCGGUACAGGGACUUCUAGCAACGUCAAAUGGGUGCAUCACGUCCUGUGGAUCUUUAGUUUAUUCAUCCUCUUGUGUGUCAUUUUGGCCAACCACAUUUUCAGGGACAAGGACAGAUUAAUAUCUAAAUUCCACAGUCUUUAUUUCACCACCCACUGUGGUGACUCAUCUCAACCUUUGCCCGCUGUCCCAACAGCCCCAGAAGGGGUGGCUUUUCUGCCCUUUGUCCCUCCAAAGAGCAACAAAGAACACCCACCCACUGAUGAAAAAGAAAGCGAAGAAAAUGAGGAACAAGAGAUUCUGAGGGAGAAGACAGAAGUCAUGCACUUCAACAACACAAGUUAUUUCUUUGUCCAGAGGGAGUGAGAGCUGUGCAGUAAGGAGAAAAUGAGCCAGAAGACGUGGCUACUUUGUGUUGUUGGACUGUUUUUCACUUCCAAGCCAGUUUUAUAGAUGGGAUGAUGUUCUCCAGCGAACAUCUAUAAGAAACAAAGUCAGAAACAGCUUGUAUAAUCUGUUCAUAUUUAUCUCAUCUCUCUUAAAUCUUUGUUUUUUUUGCUUGGUUCUCUAAAGAGUUGCCUUUUAGCUUCUCUGUACAGCAUGCAUCCAGUUUCUUUCGCUUAUCCAAUUCAGGGUCGCGGUUGGGUUGGAGCCUAUCCUAGCUGUCAUAGGGCGAGAGGCAGACUAUACCCUGGUGUACAUAUUGUUUACAAGGGUUGUAAAAGAAAUGGUUGAGGUCUUGUAAAUACUUAAUCUAUUUCCCUGUCCGUUAAGAGUGGUCCCCAGGGUGGUUCUCGCUUUAAUGAAGCUCAUUCUUGAGUGGGUCCCUUUUAGAAAAUCUCAUCAAUGAGAAAAAAAAAUGUUGUUAUUACACAGUUAAAACACCAUAUUUUGUAUAGUUUUUCAGUAACAUACUGGAGUUUAAAUGGUUCACCUGCUAAAAAUUUUAAAAAAGAGAAUUUUUUAAAAAACCUGAUCAAAUGGGAUUUGUGUACUCACACUUGAGUGUGAGUGUUACUUGGGACAUAGGCAUUAGCAGAAACUUAUUUAUUCCCACACCUUCUGCAAUAUUUAGUAACUAAUAAUCAUCACUUUAACUUCCAGUUUUUCUCCUGUCCUGUCCGUAAAUCUGUAUUUCCCUAUUCACAACAGAUAUUUGGUCCUGUGACCCCAGUAACAUGCCAAGCGAUAUACAUAUUUACAGAUAUAUUUUUUUUUUUUUUUAUGUUUCUGUAAUGGUUAAUCCACCAGUAUGCAAGCUAUUUAAU